ACCUCUUUACAGUGUGGCUGUUUGGAUACCUAUUGUAGUUUGUUGAGAAUGUUGCAAAUAUCGUUUAGUUUUCCAUUCUUACGGCGGUGUCCCGGCGACUCGAAAACGACGCCGCGAUUAAACGCGACGCGUGUCAGUUGUCUAAAGACGGCGUUCACCUGCGUACGAUUCGGCGUGGUGAUUGUGUUUUUUUAUUAGAAAAUGUAACUCAAAUAUCUGCUUUUGAUAUUUAAAAUUGCAACGUCGAAAUGGGAAUUUAUUUAUUUGACGCUUAAAUAAAAUUGCGUUAGGUAGAAAUUUAGUAAUUAAGUUAAUAGUUAUUAGAACAAUCGUCACGUGAGUCAUAAACGGUGUAUGCGCGAAAUUUCAGGAAGUGUGAGAGCUAGCACGUUACAACAAUAGACCGUCCAUCCCCGGAUUCAGAUCUGAGGACGUUCAGCGUUCAGUUAAAAGAAACAAUAUAUGGAUGGAAAAGCAGAAAAUACAACCGUGACAGUAGUAAAAUGGGUGCUCUUAAGCAAGCUAAAAGCCUUAAUCCGUCGGAUAUAAAUCUAAUGAAUGGAGACACAUACAUAGUAAACACAGGCUCGGCAUCCGGUGUGUAUGUGCCAUCUGUAAGUCAAGGCUUACCGACACUCAUUGUUAUGGUGGUUGUGCUGGUGAUAAUAGUACUGUUUUGUUUUUGGGGAGCACCUGCCAUUCGAGCUUUCUGUAGAAAAAGAAUUUGUUGUUGCUGUGCAAUGGAUGAACCUAGUAUAGAUAAUGUCAGCACGGCGGGCGAGUCAGCUACGCCCACAAUAAUUCUUCUUCCCUAUGGACGGAUGCUGGUGGUUGAUCGAAAUGUUUUUAGACAACUUCAAGCAGAUCGCACAGGGAUUGAUUUCAUAGAACUUAGUGCAAACUUAAUUCUACAGGAUCAAAAUGGGAGUCACGCUGAUACAUUGGAAUCGGAAGAUACAAGCAAGGGUUUGUCACUAGUAUCACUCGAUUUCUUACCACCACCAUAUGAUGAUAUAUUUGGUUUAAAGAAUUCCGACCUUCCACCAUCUUAUAGUGAAAUAAGCGUUAUGUUACAAAAAUUAAAUGGUAAACCUUUAGAUAGUGAACAAUUACACAAAAGUGAACUAAGUGUUAUAAUGGUGAAACCCAAAGAAUGUAUUUUACGGACAAGUAGCGAUCCUUUCAUUCUUACCGAUAAAAUGUAUCAUACAAAUACGAGGAUGCGACGUGACUUUGUCAGUUUGGGCGACAAUAUUGUGCAAUGUGAAGCGUCUAUACAGGAAGAGAUCAACGUGUUCGAAGGUGCUUCUGGUUGUAACUAUCCAAGUUAUAAAACAAACAUUAAUCCAAUAAAUCGCACAAAUAUACAAGACACUGAAUAUUUUGAUAGGGAAAGUAGUGUUUAGCUGUUACAGUUAUUUUUAAAUUUUUAUUAUGGAAAUAAAGAUAGACACAGUGUAGCGCCCUUAGUAAUUCAAAGGACAUCACGUUCAACGUGUGACGUAAAAAGACAGGAAACGAAAAUAUAAUAUUAACUAGUUCUUUUUCGCAGUUUGUUUUUUUCUAUAUUGAGAUAUUAAAAAAACGUAUUUUAGGAAG